CAGACUCCAAUGUUGACGUUGAAAUGCCACCUACUGCUACUACCGAAGAAAAAACUGAAGAACGAACGGAAGAAAAACAAGACUUCAACGAUGUCGACACUGUUGAAAAUACACAAGGCGAGCCUUCUAAUGCCAAAACUGGAGUUGCAGUUCCUAACUCUUUUAUUGAUACGGAAGGCAUUGGAGCUAAGCACGACAACGAUUUUUCUGUAAAAUCUGACGUGACUGUUCCUGAUACUUUGAUUAGCACAAAUACUGUUCAUGAAGACCUCGUUGUUGCAGAAGAUCCGAUUAUUCAUAAUGCAAAAUCUGGCGUGGAAGUUCCUGAUAGUGUUAAUGAAGAUUAA